CCAGUUGAUGCGUUUUGCUCAGUGUUGAUUUUCUUUGCUGAGCUUUGGAAAUAUAACAAUUUCUACGGAGCAUCAUUAACAAUGAAUAAUUGUGGGAGUGGGGUUAUGGGGGGUGUGGUUGGUGCAGGAGGAGCAUAUGAUGCCAAAAUAGCUGGUCUCUAUGACCUGCUGGAUACUUUAGGAUCAGGACAUUUUGCUGUAGUGAAGUUGGCGAGACAUGUUUUUACAGGAGAAAAAGUUGCUGUUAAAGUGAUUGAUAAGAGCAAAUUGGAUGAAGUUUCUAAGUCGCAUUUAUUUCAAGAGGUUCGGUGUAUGAAGCUUGUGCAGCAUCCCAAUGUGGUUAGACUCUAUGAAGUAAUAGACACGCAAACAAAACUAUAUUUAAUAUUAGAACUAGGUGAUGGUGGGGAUUUAUAUGACUACAUAAUGAGACACGAAUCUGGAUUGUCAGAAUCUCUGGCUCGUGAUUAUUUUCGUCAAAUAGUACGUGCAAUCUCAUAUUGUCACCGGUUACAUGUUGUACACCGGGAUUUGAAACCGGAAAAUGUAGUAUUCUUUGAAAAACUAGGUGUAGUGAAAUUGACUGAUUUUGGUUUUAGCAAUAAAUUCUGUCCUGGUCAAAAGUUAGAGACUUCGUGUGGCUCUUUGGCAUAUUCUGCUCCCGAAAUUUUGUUAGGCGACUCCUAUGAUGCACCAGCAGUUGAUGUUUGGUCCCUGGGUGUCAUUCUAUACAUGUUAGUUUGUGGUCAACCUCCAUUUCAAGAAGCUAAUGAUAGUGAAACAUUAACCAUGAUUAUGGAUUGCAAAUAUACUAUUCCACCGCAUAUAUCGAGUUCUUGUAAGAGGCUUAUAGGACGAAUGUUAGUAAGAGAACCUGAGAAAAGAGCGACUUUAGCAGAAAUAGCGGCAGAUCCAUGGGUGACUGUCGGCGAGGGCGUGACAGUCGAGGAUUUCGAUACGCCACUAGUAGCCAAAGAACUAUUAACCGAGGACGACCGGUCCGCUAUAGUACAAAGGAUGGUCAAUGGAAACAUAGCUACCAAAGAACAAAUACUCGAUUCAUUAGAGAAAAAUGAAUACAAUCACAUCACAGCCACUUAUUAUCUGUUGGCUGAACGGAAAUUGAGAGCCAAAAGGCAAGAGGACCGCGCGAUGGCACGCAGACCCGAGGCCCUGAGCGUGCCGCGAAGCGGUGGCGGAACGCCACGCAACUUGCUGGUUCCGCCGCCGCACCACGUCGCGCCUCGCACGCCGCAAGAUGUGCCGCCGCGGUCGCGGAAGUGCAGCAUCGUGCGCGAGGAGGAAGACGACGAAGAGAGCGCGGUGGCGAGUGGCGGCAGUGCGCGGGCCGCCGACGCGCGCCGCGGCUCUCGCUCCGAGGGCCGCCUGCACGUCGCUGCACGGGCUGUGCAGCCGCAGCCUCGUCCAGCACAGCUCGCCGACAACCUCACACGGGUGAAUCUAGACGACGGCAUCGCGUUGGAUGUACCCCUAUCGAACGCGAGGCCGUCGACCGCGACGGGUCCGCGCUGCACUCCCGCGGGAGUCGAGGGGGGCGCGACCGCGCGCACGGCACCCCCGCCCGCGCCGCCGCCCGCGCGUCGACAGCGCUUGGAAUGCCGGCGGCGGCGGCCGCGUGCCGGAUCCUGCUCCUCGUCCGACUUGUCGGACGACGAUUCCGAGAAGAAGAAGCGUGCGGCGGAGAAUGCGGACGCCCCGCCAGAGCGCGCCCGCCGCGACUCGCACGACGACUCCAGCGACAGUCAGGAGCGUGGCGCCGGCGCUGGUGCGAGGGGUUCCAGGGGCGCAACUUUCGAAGCGACGCGCACUCCGUGCUCAGGAACCAACGGCGGAGGUACAGGCAGCACCGGCAACACCGGCGGAGCUGCAGGCGAUGCGCGUGGCGGUAAUGGCGCAGGCGGCGGACGGCGCAGGCGCGCGGCUCGCAAGGAGAGCCGGCUCAGGGAAUCACGGUCGCUUAAUCGUAUAGCCGAGGUGGAGGAGGCUGCGGCGGCGCGCUGGGCGGGUGGGGGCCUGGUGGCGUUGUGUGGGCGGCCGUUGCUGCGGCUGCUGGCGGCCGCGCGUCCGCCGCCUACGCAGCGCCGCUUGCAUGGUCUGUGCUAGCCUCCGCGUGCUGGCAGUCCCGCGCCCGCCAACGACUCACACGAGGUUCCCGACUGCUAGAGGCUCUAAAGAGUUGAGGCAGCGCGCUCGCUCUCGGCGGUCGCCGUUCUCGCCCUGGGGAAUAAAGAAUCAUUCCGGAUUCAAUAUAGCGUGCAAGUUCCGGAAAUACGUUGGCGUAUGUCUUUACCCUCCCUGUCGAGCGCCUAUCGUCGUCGCAGCGCCGCCUUACGGGUGCCGAAUGUACUAUGUGAGCGGCACGGAGAGGUGCCCUGAAAUUGGAAAUGCGAUGACGCUACUGAGUAUCCCCUGAUGUCGCCCCAAGUGUCGCCAAAUUACUGUAUUGGUAGUUAUUAGAAACGUUUUAUAAUGGUGAAGGUUCCACGCGACUCCAUUAAAGGGUCUGUAAUGAAAUAGAAAAUUUUUGAUGUUGUACGAGUUAUACAACAAUCAAUCAUUCCUGCUGCCUGAUGCUGACAGAUUUUGAUGUUUCUUAACCUUGAGUUGUAAAAUGUUUGGCGCCGUCGAUUGUGCAAAUGAAUAUGCAUGGGGCCAUAAUCGUCCUUAUUCCGAUGUGUAUUUUCAGUACCAUUUCGAAUAUCGCAUUUACGACAAUUUAUAGGUAAACAGGGUUUUUACGAAAUUCAGUUUGCAAAUAUACAAUAUUUAGACUCAUUUAUCAGUCCUACAUUCAAGAGUUGGAAAAUUUGUAAUGAUAAGAACCAAACUUUAUAUUGCACAUUUAUUUAUUGUUCGUACAUAAAUAGUGAUGAAUAUUUUAUCACCGAAAACUGUGGACUCGUGCCAAAUUGCGAGUAAAGAGAGCAUUUUUGGCAAACAGAUUAUCACUCUAUACUACAACUAAUGUUCAUAACUGGCUGUAGUUAUGAUGUACUUGGGAAUAUCGAUUGUGGGUCGAUGCUGAUGUGUACUGAAAAAAUCCCAUAUAAAAGACAAGCAAGGAGGCGAUGCUAAUGCGCGUCAACUAAUAUGUGUCCACUGACAAUGACACAAACGGACAACAGACUUUGUUAUGGCUUCUCCACACUCGCGCGCGAUUCACGCACGAAGUCGCAAACUACCCGCGAAGCAUGAGUGUGAAUCCCAUUCGCAUAUUCUUCACGGCUUCGCGCCGCGUUUGCGACUCGUUCCCGAUUGUUGUUGGUAUUCUGAAACGCAACAAAGCGUUCGCGAAGCGCGAACUUGGCGUCACAUUCGCGAAG